CUGAACAUAGAUAAAAGAAAAAAGUGACGAUUACACCGAACUGAGAUCUAUCAGAAUCAGAACACGGCCCGAAAGUGCGGAUUUUGCAUCUCAGCAGCCGCAUCUUGACAGUUACAGGGCUCCGUUGUUUUUGACAUUUGAUGACUAUACAUUUGUACAUGAAUCCCUAGUCACUUGGCGUGCGUGUGUUUGUGUGUGCGAGUGUGUUUGUGUGUGAGACAGAUAACAGAUUGCUAGUUAGCGUUAGCUAGCUAUUGAGUCAAAACGAUAGCUAGACCAGUGGCAAAGCUAGCUAGCGUUUGGCAGUCAUUGCAAUGAUGGCCUCCGAUAGCGGUAGCAACAUGGAUAGAGAGAUGAUUCUGGCUGACUUUCAGGCUUGCACUGGUAUUGACAACAUUGCAGAAGCAAUUACUCUGUUAGAGCUGAACAACUGGGAUUUGGUGGCAGCCAUCAACGGAGUUAUACCACAAGAAAAUGGGAUCCUACAAAGUAACUACUCUAGCGAGGGCUCCCAGACCAGCCCCUACGGGCCCCACAGUCAGGCGGCCACUGUGGCGGCGGCGGCAGCGGAGGCUGCGUCAGCGACGGCCGGAGCAGGAGCUGCUCCGGCGGCCCCCGCCUCGUCCUCUUCCUCCUCGUCCUCCCCUCCCACGGCGGGCUCGGCCUUCUGCCCGGUGCUGCCAUCACGGCACAUUGUGGAGCGGCAGCCACGCAUGCUCCACUUCCGGGUGGACUACCGGCAACGCACAGUUGAGGUGGUGCUCGAGGACGCCAGUUCAGUGGGUGAAAUCAAACAGAUCCUUGAGACAGAGCUCCAGGUUCCCAUGGCCAAAAUGCAGCUGAAGGGCUGGAAGAGUGGAGAUGUGUCCGACAGCACUGUGCUGCGGAGUUUACAUUUGCCCAAGAACAACAGCCUGUACGUCCUGACCCCCGACAUCACCCCCUCUGCCAGCACUAGCCAGAACAGCAUGCUUCAAGAGUCAUUAAAUCAGAGCUUCCUACUGGUGAUCAGCCACCGUGAGGCCCAGAGGGACUACAGCCUGAACUUCCCCGCCAGCAAAACCAUCCAGGAGGUGAAAAGGAACAUCUCAGACCUGACAAAUAUCCCCGUUCGACACCAACAGUGGGACGGGUGGCCAGCCUCGGCAACCAACGACUCGAUGACGCUCGCUGCCUCAGGGAUCAGUUACCCCUGCCACCACCUGAGUGUGUGCCGACGCUCGUCCCCCGCCGUUCCCACUGAGCAGGCUGAAGAAGUGCCCGGCCCGAGUCCAGUCCCCUUAUCCACGCAGUGCUCAGAUAUCCACAUGGUCAGUGACAGCGAGGGAGAUGACUUUGAGGAUGCGCCAGAGUUUGGUGUCGACGAGUCAGAUAUCUUUGGCAUGGGCAGCAGCACAGGAUGCCGGAAGUCGCCUAUGAUGCCAGACAACAGUGAGAAUGAGGGGGAUGCCUUACUGCACUUUACUGCCGAGUUUUCCACAAGAUACGGAGAUUGCCAUCCGGUCUUCUUCAUCGGCUCUUUGGAAGCAUCUUCUCAAGAGGCCUUCUACGGCAAAGCCAGAGAUAGGAAGCUGCUGGCCAUCUACCUGCACCACGACGAGAGCGUCCUCAGUAACGUCUUCUGCUCCCAGAUGAUGUGCGCCGAGUCCAUAGUCUCCUACCUGAGCCAAAACUUCAUCACGUGGGCCUGGGAUGUCACUAAAGAGUCCAACAAAGCUAGACUACUCACCGUGUGCACACGGCACUUUGGCAGUGUGGUAGCGCAGACCAUUCGGACGUACAAAACUGACCAGUUCCCCCUGUUACUUAUCGUCAUGGGCAAGCGGACGUCCAAUGAAGUAUUACACGUCAUUCAAGGCAAUACAACAGUGGACGAGCUGAUGAUGAGACUAAUGGGAGCGAUGGAAAUCUUCACUGCCCAGCAGCAAGAGGACAUCAAAGACGAGGACGAACGGGAGGCCAGAGAGACGGUGAAGAGGGAACAGGAUGAGGCCUACCGCCUCUCUCUCGAGGCCGACCGCAAGAAGAGGGAAGCACAGGAGAGGGAGGAGGCCGAACAGGUGCGCCUGCAGCAGAUCCGCAAGGAGCAGGAAGAGGAGCGAGAGGCCAUCCGCCUGUCAUUGGAGCAGGCCUUACCGCCCGAGCCCACCGAAGAGAGUGGCGAGCCGGUCAGCAAGUUGCGCAUCCGCACGCCCAGCGGCGAGUUCCUGGUGCGGAGGUUUCUGGGGAGCUGCAAGCUGCAGGUGCUCUUCGACUUCGUGGCUUCCAAGGGCUACCCCUCGGACGAGUUCAAGGUCCUCACUACCUUCCCCCGCAGAAAUAUCACGCAGCUGGACCCAGCGUCGACCCUGCUGGAGGCCAAGCUCUUUCCCCAGGAGACGCUCUUCCUGGAGGCGCGGGAGUAGCACUGCCCCCCGCUGGAGAGGAGGACAACCCAAGCAUGGUCCCACCGUGUCCAGAGACCACCCUCAGACUCUCUCACACACACACACACACACACACACAAACACACUUUUAAAACAUGGACGGACACAGAUACACAGAUAUACGCACACACACACUCUCACUCAGACACAUACACACGCCCCUGUGGAUUGUACAUGAAUGCGGAGUGUACAAGUUGGCACGCAGGAGCUCCUCACAAGCACACAGUGAAGACAAAACAUAAAACACACACACACACACACACACACACACACACACACCACUCACCGUACACGAUUUUUGCCGUGUUUUCUUUUUCUUCUUUUGUCAGCCCACAUUUUUGAAAUGUAAAAAAAAAAUGAUAAUAAUAAAAAAGAAAAACAUACAAACAAUAACUAAAACCACGGUGCAGAGUUGGUAGAUCAGCAUUCUGUACAAGUACUUCCCACUAAAGGCUGCUUCACGGACUCCUCAUUUUUUAUUUUAUUUUUUUCAAAACAAAAUCGGUUCUCGGAACCGAGAUGUUUUACCAGGAGAACGCUGGACACACUCUCCGGUUUCAUUGAACCCUUUGUCCCCUACUCUUCUUCUUCAUCAUCAUCAUCACCAUCUUCUUCCCAUGGUCUCUUCUUGAUUUUCCACCCUGUUCCUUUUUAAGUUUGCUGUAUUAGUUUUAGUUUGAUAUACAUUAUAUAAAAAUAUAUAUGAACAUGCA